UAAUAUGGCGUUGCGUAGUGGUGUUAGUUUUUUGAGAUUUACUGCGCUCCGUUCGUCUAGGCUUCUAUCUACGCAUACACGACCGGAUAUCCAACAGAAUGGCGGGAAAACUGCAGAAUUUCCUGGCGCCAAAGCGCCAUAUGUCACAGACAUGAAGUUUUUGAACGAAACCAAUUAUGAGCCUAUACCAAUCUACAGGGUGCUUGAUAAUAACGGCGAGGUGUUAAUGAAUAGUGAAGAACCAGACUUAGAUAAAGAAGUGCUGCUUAAUAUGUAUAAAACAAUGAUACAGCUCAAUCAAAUGGAUAAAAUUUUGUAUGAGUCUCAAAGACAGGGUCGUAUAUCUUUCUACAUGACGAACUACGGUGAGGAAGGCAUGCAUGUUGGCAGCGCUGCAGCUCUAUCUCUUAGAGAUAUGGUCUUCGCACAAUACAGAGAGGUCGGAGUCCUCCUGUACAGAGGCAUGACAAUAUCUGAGCUGGUGAACCAGUGCUACGGCAACCAUGAAGAUCCGGGCAAAGGACGACAUAUGCCCGUGCACUAUGGUAGCAGGCAAUUGAAUAUCGUCACUAUAUCCAGUCCUUUAGCAACCCAAAUGCCUCAAGCAGUUGGUGCAGCUUACGCCUUCAAGCGUCAGCCAGACAACGACCGCUGUGUUAUUUGUUACUUCGGUGAAGGUGCUGCCUCAGAAGGUGAUGCGUUCGCUGCGUUUAAUUUUGCAGCUACUCUUGAAUGUCCAGUCAUUUUGUUCUGCAGAAACAACGGAUAUGCGAUAUCAACGCCAUCUAGCGAGCAGUACCGAGGUGACGGGAUAGCGGCGCGGGGACCGUCUCUUGGGAUCAACACGUUGCGUGUGGACGGGACGGACGCGCUAGCUGUGUACAACGCGGUGCGGGCUGCUAAGGAAAUUGCGGUUAAGAACAAGCCAGUGCUUAUUGAGGCUAUGUCGUAUAGGGUAGGUCACCAUUCUACAUCGGACGACAGCACAGCCUAUCGAUCCAUAGAGGAAAUACAAAAAUGGACCGCCGAUGAAAAUCCAAUUCAAAAAUUACGUUUAUAUCUUGAACGUAAAGGUCUUUGGAACGAAGAAGCAGACAAGGCGUUGAUAAAAGAAUCUCGAGAUAUCGUUGUGAGGACAAUGCAAGAUGCCGAAAAGAAAAAGAAACCGCAUUGGAAAGAAAUGUUUGAAGAUGUGUAUUAUGACAUGCCGCCAAAACUACAGAAACAAAUGAAACAAUUAGAACAUCACCUGAAGAAAAACGGCGAGCACUAUCCAUUGGACAACUUUCAAAAGGAAUGAUAAAAAUAUCUUAUGUAAUUUUUCCUUACCACCUUUAUUAAAUAAAUUACUUCUACAUUA